AUGUUGGCAAGGGGACUUUCGGGUCUCGGCGGCAUUCUUGUGGCUGGUGAUAGUUCCUACCUCCUCAUCACCGAGUUUAUCAGCAGCACCGUCAAGAAGUUCUUCCUAACUCGCCCGAGCGCCAAAAUGACUCGGACCUUGUUAAAGGCCACGGGCACAAGCACUAUCGGGAGAACCCCGGGCGGAGAGUUUACACUUACGGAGAGGGAAAGGCCUUUCCAACAUAGAGCACUAAGGAUCAACGCAAACGGGACGGUUCUAGCGAAGUCGUCCAUCGGCGGCCCUUACAACAAUAGUACCGUUGUCACCGGAGUUCAAAUCUCCGGUCUGUUUGCUUGCAUUGGGUCUCUGUAUGCAAACUUCAUGGUGAAGUCCUGGGCUCUUCUAAAAGUUAAAACGCCCGUGUAA